GCUCCUUCAGCUCACAAGCCGGACCCGGGGACUGGGCGGCCGCGACUCCUCGGGCUCCUGAGAAGCGGAUCCGCUCCCGGCCACCGCAAUGCCCGGAGCCGCCGGGGUCCUCCUGGUCCUGCUGCUCAGCGGGGGCCUCGGGGGCGGCCAGGCCCAGAGGCCACAGCUGCAACAGCGGCCGCGACAGCCACAGGCACAUCAGCAAAGAGGUUUAUUCCCUGCUGUCCUGAAUCUUGCUUCCAAUGCUCUCAUCACCACAAAUGCAACAUGUGGAGAAAAAGGACCUGAAAUGUAUUGCAAAUUGGUAGAGCAUGUCCCUGGACAGCCUGUGAGGAACCCCCAAUGUCGAAUCUGCAAUCAAAACAGCAGCAAUCCAAAUCAGAGACACCCGAUUACAAAUGCUAUUGAUGGAAAGAACACUUGGUGGCAGAGUCCCAGUAUUAAGAAUGGAAUUGAAUACCAUUAUGUGACGAUUACACUGGAUUUACAGCAGGUGUUCCAGAUUGCUUAUGUGAUUGUGAAAGCAGCUAAUUCCCCGAGGCCUGGAAACUGGAUUUUGGAACGCUCACUUGAUGAUGUUGAAUACAAGCCUUGGCAGUAUCAUGCUGUGACAGACACGGAGUGUCUAACACUUUACAAUAUUUAUCCCCGCACUGGACCGCCAUCAUAUGCCAAAGACGAUGAGGUCAUCUGCACUUCAUUUUAUUCCAAGAUACACCCCUUAGAAAAUGGAGAGAUACACAUCUCUUUGAUCAAUGGGAGACCAAGUGCCGAUGACCCUUCUCCUGAACUGCUGGAAUUCACCUCCGCUCGCUAUAUUCGCCUGAGAUUUCAGAGAAUCCGCACCCUGAAUGCCGACUUGAUGAUGUUUGCUCACAAAGACCCAAGAGAAAUUGACCCGAUUGUCACACGAAGAUAUUACUACUCGGUCAAGGAUAUUUCGGUCGGAGGGAUGUGCAUCUGCUACGGUCAUGCCAGGGCUUGUCCACUUGAUCCAGUGACAAAUAAAUCCCGCUGUGAAUGUGAGCAUAAUACAUGUGGGGAUAGCUGUGAUCAGUGCUGUCCAGGAUUCCAUCAGAAACCUUGGAGAGCUGGCACUUUUCUGACUAAAACUGAAUGCGAAGCAUGCAAUUGUCAUGGGAAAGCUGAAGAAUGCUAUUAUGAUGAAAAUGUUGCCAGAAGAAAUCUGAGUUUAAAUAUACAUGGAAAGUACAUUGGAGGGGGUGUGUGCAUGAAUUGUACCCAAAAUACUGCUGGUAUAAACUGUGAGACAUGCAUUGAUGGCUUCUUCAGACCCAAAGGGGUGUCUCCUAAUUAUCCACGACCAUGCCAGCCAUGCCAUUGUGAUCCAAUUGGUUCCUUAAAUGAUGUCUGUGUGAAGGAUGAAAAACAUGCUCGGCGAGGUCUGGCACCUGGGUCUUGUCCUUGCAAACCUGGCUUCAGAGGCGUGAGUUGUGAUCGAUGUGCCAGGGGCUACACUGGCUACCCAGACUGCAAACCCUGUAACUGCAGUGGCGCAGGGAGCGCAAAUGAGGACCCUUGUUUUGGACCCUGUAACUGCAAGGAGAAUGUUGAAGGUGGGGACUGCAGUCGCUGUAAAUCCGGCUUCUUCAACUUGCAAGAGGAUAAUCAUAAAGGUUGUGAAGAGUGUUUCUGUUCAGGGGUUUCAAACAGAUGUCAGAGCUCCUACUGGACCUAUGGCCAUAUACAAGACAUGAGCGGCUGGUACCUAACUGACCUCUCUGGCCACAUUCGAGUGGCUCCCCGGCAGGAUGACUCAGAGCCAGCUCAGCAGAUCAGCAUCAGCAAUGUGGAAGCCCAGCGUUCCCUGCCACAGAGGUACUACUGGAGUGCACCAGCUCUGUAUCUGGGAAACAAACUUACAGCAGUUGGAGGACAGUUGACAUUUACCAUCUCAUAUGACUUUGAGGAAGAGGAAGAAGAUACAGAACACGUUCUCCAGAUUAUGGUUAUCUUAGAGGGAAGUGACUUGAGGAUCAGCACAGUCCAAGACGAGGUGUAUCUGCAACCAUAUGAAGAACAUAUCCAUUCAUUGUCACUUAAAGAAGAAUUGUUUACCAUACAUGGCACAAAUUUCCCUGUCAGUAGAAGAGAGUUUAUGACAGUGCUCGCGAAUGUAAAGAGAGUCCUCAUACAAAUCACCUACAGCCUUGGGAUGGAUGCCACCUUCAGGCUGGGCUCUGUUGGCCUUGAAUCCGCAGUCCCCUAUCCUACUGAUGGAACCAUUGCAACCGCCGUGGAGAUUUGCCAGUGUCCACGUGGGUAUUCUGGCUCCUCUUGUGAGUCUUGUUGGCCUCGGCACAGACGAGUCAAUGGCACUAUUUUGGGUGGCAUCUGUGAACCAUGUCAAUGCUUUGGCCAUGCAGAAUCUUGUGAUGACAUCACUGGAGAAUGCCUGAACUGUAAGGAUCACACAGGUGGCCCAUACUGCAAUAAAUGUCUUCCUGGUUUCUAUGGUGAUCCUACUAAAGGAACCUCUGAAGACUGUCAGCCCUGCGCCUGUCCACUCAAUAUCCCAUCCAAUAACUUUAGCCCGACGUGCCAUUUAGACCGAAGUCUCGGAUUGAUCUGUGACGCAUGCCCUGUCGGGUACACAGGACCACGCUGUGAGAGGUGUGCAGAAGGCUAUUUUGGACAACCUUCUGUACCUGGAGGAUCAUGUCAGCCAUGCCAAUGCAAUGACAACCUUGACUUCUCCAUCCCUGGCAGCUGUGACAGCUUGUCUGGCUCCUGUCUGAUAUGUAAGCCAGGUACAACAGGCCGGUACUGUGAGCUCUGUGCUGAUGGAUAUUUUGGAGACGCAGUUGAUGCAAAGAACUGUCAGCCUUGUCGCUGUAAUGUCAACAGCUCCUUGUCCGAGAGUUGCCAUGCUAGGACAGGACAGUGUGAAUGCAAACCUAAUGUGCAAGGACUGCGGUGUGAUGAGUGUAAGCCUGAAACCUUCGGCCUACAAUCCGGAAGGGGGUGUGUUCCCUGCAAUUGCAAUUCCUUUGGGUCUAAGUCAUUUGACUGUGAAGAGAGUGGUCAAUGUUGGUGCCAACCUGGAGUAGCAGGAAAGAAAUGUGACCGCUGUGCUCACGGCUAUUUCAACUUCCAAGAAGGAGGCUGCACAGCUUGUGAUUGUUCCCAUCUGGGUAAUAAUUGUGACCCAAAGACUGGUCAGUGCAUUUGCCCUCCCAAUACCAUUGGAGAAAAAUGUUCUAAAUGUGCACCUAACACCUGGGGCCACAGCAUCACCACUGGUUGUAAGGCUUGCAACUGCAGCACAGUAGGAUCCUUGGAUUUCCAAUGCAAUACAAACACAGGCCAAUGCAACUGUCAUCCCAAAUUCUCUGGUGCAAAAUGUACAGAGUGCAAUCGAGGUCACUGGAACUACCCUCACUGCAGCCCCUGCGAGUGCUUCCUGCCGGGUACUGAUGAAAGGACCUGCGAUUCAGAGACUAAAAAGUGCUCCUGUAUGGAUCAGACGGGGCAAUGCACCUGUAAGGUGCAUGUAGAAGGUGUGCGCUGUGACAGGUGCCGGCCAGGCAAGUUUGGACUAGAUGCCAAGAACCCACUUGGCUGCAGCAGCUGCUAUUGCUUCGGCGCCACUACCCAGUGCUCUGAAGCCAAAGGACUGAUCCGUACGCAGGUGACUCUGAAGCCUGAGCAGACCAUCCUGCCCCUGGUGGACGAGGCCCUGCAGCAUACUACCACCAAAGGCAUCGUUUUUCAACAUCCGGAGACUGUUGCACAUAUGGAUCUGGUGAGACAGGAGCUCCACCUGGAACCCUUUUACUGGAAACUUCCAGAACAAUUUGAAGGCAAGAAGUUGACGGCCUAUGGAGGCAAACUCAAGUAUGCGAUCUAUUUUGAGGCUCGGGAAGAGACAGGUUUCUCCACCUAUAAUCCUCAAGUUAUAAUUCGAGGUGGGACACCCACUCAUGCUAGAAUUAUCAUCAGGCAUAUGGCUGCUCCUCUAAUUGGCCAAUUGACAAGGCACGAGAUUGAAAUGACAGAGAAAGAAUGGAAAUAUUAUGGUGAUGACCCUCGAAUCAGUAGAACCGUGACCCGUGAAGACUUCUUGGAUAUUCUAUACGAUAUUCAUUAUAUUCUUAUCAAAGCAACUUAUGGAAAUAUCAUGAGACAAAGCAGGAUUUCUGAAAUCUCGAUGGAGGUAGCUGAACAAGGACGCGUAACAGCGGUGACUCCUCCAGCUCGUUUGAUAGAAAGAUGUGAUUGUCCCCCAGGCUAUUCCGGUUUGUCCUGUGAGACAUGCAUGCCAGGAUUUUAUCGACUACGGUCUGAGCCAGGCAGCCACACUCCUAGACCAACCCUGGGUACCUGCGUUCCAUGUCAGUGUAAUGGACACAGCAGCCUAUGUGACCCUGAAACUUCUAUAUGCCAGAAUUGUCAACAUCACACUGCUGGUGACUUCUGUGAACGAUGUACUCUUGGAUAUUAUGGAAUUGUCAGGGGAUUGCCAAAUGACUGUCAGCAAUGUGCUUGCCCUCUGAUUUCUUCCAGCAACAAUUUCAGCCCUUCUUGUGUCAUGGAAGGCCUCGAUGAUUACCGCUGCACAGCUUGCCCACGAGGAUACGAAGGCCAGUAUUGUGAACGGUGUGCCCCUGGCUAUACUGGCAGCCCCAGCAGCCCUGGAGGUUCCUGCCAAGAAUGUGAGUGUGACCCCUAUGGCUCGCUGCCUGUCCCCUGUGACCCUAUCACGGGGCUCUGCACGUGCCGACCUGGAGCCACAGGGCGGAAGUGUGACGGCUGCAAGCACUGGCAUGCACGCGAGAGCACGGAGUGCGUGUUUUGUGGAGAUGAAUGCACGGGCCUUCUUCUCGGUGACUUGGCUCGCCUGGAGCAGAUGGCCAUGAGCGUCAACCUCACUGGCCCGCUGCCUGCCCCAUAUAUGAUGCUGUAUGGCCUUGAAAAUAGGACUCAAGAACUAAAGCAUUUGCUCUCACCUCAGCGAGCCCCAGAGAGGCUCAUUCAAUUGGCAGAGGGCAAUCUGAACACACUCGUGAUGGAAAUGAAUGAGCUUCUGACCAGGGCGACCAAAGUGACAGCAGAUGGCGAGCAAACUGGACAGGAUGCUGAGAGGACCAACAGGAGAGCAGACUCCUUAGGAGAAUUCAUUAAGGAGCUUGCCCAGGAUGCAGAAGCUGUAAAUGAAAAAGCUGUGAGACUAAAUGAAACUCUAGGAAUUCAAGACCAGGACUUUGAGAGAAAUUUGCAAGGGCUUCAGAAAGAGAUUGAUCAGAUGAUGACUGAACUGAGGAGGAAAAAUCUUGAUAAACAAAAGGAAGUUGCCGAAGAUGAGUUAGUGGCUGCAGAAGGCCUUCUGAAGAAGGUGAAGAAGUUCUUUGGAGAGUCCCGAGAGAAGACGGAAAAAGCAGAGAAGGAUAUCCGGGCGAUACUGGCAGACAACAAAGAUAAAGUGGAUGCUGCUUGGGACCUGUUGAGAGAAGCCACCGAUAAAAUCAGAGAGGCUAAUCGCUUAUCUGCAGCAAAUCAGAAAAACAUGACUGCUUUGGAGAAAAAGAAGGAAGCUAUCGAAAAUGGCAAACAACAAACUGAGAACACUUUAAAAGACGGCAAUGACAUACUCAGUGAAGCCAACCGUCUUGCAGAUGAAAUCAACUCCGUCAUAGAUUAUGUUGAAGAUAUUCAAACUAAGUUGCCACCCAUGUCUGAGGAGCUGAAAGAUAAAAUAGAUGACCUCUCCCAGGAAAUACAGGACAGAAACCUUGCUGAGAAGGUGUCCCAGGCUGAGAGCCAUGCAGCUCAGUUGAAUGACUCAUCUGCUGUCCUUGAUGGAAUCCUUGACGAAGCUAAAAACAUCUCCUUCAAUGCCACUGCAGCCUUCAAUGCUUACAGCAAUAUUAAGGACUCUAUUGAUGAAGCUGAGAAAAUUGCCCAAGAAGCCAAAGAUCUUGCACAUGAAGCUACAAAACUGGCAACAGGUCCUCAGGGUUCAUUAAAGGAAGGUGCCAAAGGUUCUCUUCAGAAAAGCUUUGGGGUUCUUAAUGAAGCCAAGAAGUUAGCAAACGAUGUCAAAGAAAAUGAUGAUUAUCUGAAUGGCUUAAUAACCCGAUUAGAAAAUGCAGAUGUUAAAAAUGGAGAUCUCCUGAGAGCUUUGAAUGACACUUUGGCAAAGUCGUCAGCCAUUCCUGACGACACAGCCGCUAAACUGCAAGGUGUUAAGGACAAAGCGAGACAAGCCAAUGACACAGCAAAACAUGUGCUGGCACGGAUUAAAGAUCUCCACCAGGACCUUGACGGCCUGAAGAAAAAUUACGAUCAACUGGCAGACAGCAUAGCCAAAACAAAUGCUGUGGUAAAAGAUCCUUCGAAGAACAAAAUCAUUGCAGAUGCAGACGCCACUGUGAAAAAUCUAGAACAAGAAGCUGAUCGUCUAAUAGAUAAACUCAAACCCAUCAAGGAACUUGAGGAUAACCUAAAGAAAAACAUCUCUGAGAUAAAGGAACUGAUAAACCAAGCCCGGAAACAAGCCAAUUCUAUCAAAGUAUCUGUGUCUUCCGGGGGUGACUGCAUUCGAACAUACAAGCCUGAAAUCAAGAAGGGAAGCUACAACAAUAUCGUUGUCAACGUAAAGACAGAUGUGGCCGACAACCUCCUUUUUUAUCUUGGAAGUGCCAAAUUUAUUGACUUUCUGGCUAUAGAAAUGCGUAAAGGCAAAGUCAGCUUUCUCUGGGAUGUUGGAUCCGGAGUUGGACGCGUAGAGUAUCCAGAUUUGACCAUUGAUGACUCAUACUGGUACCGUAUUGAGGCAUCAAGAACUGGGAGGAACGGGACCAUUUCUGUGAGAGCCCUGGAUGGACCCAAAGCCAGCAUUGUGCCCAGUACAUACCACGCGGUGUCUCCUCCAGGGUAUACUAUUCUUGAUGUGGAUGCAAACGCGAUGCUGUUCGUUGGUGGCUUGACUGGGAAACUGAAGAAGGCCGAUGCUGUACGCGUGGUUACAUUCACUGGCUGUAUGGGAGAAACAUACUUUGACAGCAAACCUAUAGGGUUAUGGAAUUUCCGAGAAAAAGAAGGUGACUGCAAAGGAUGUACUGUCAGUCCUCAGGUAGAAGACAGUGAGGGGACUAUUCAGUUUGAUGGAGAAGGGUACGCAUUGGUCAGCCGCCCCAUUCGUUGGUACCCCAACAUCUCAACUGUCAUGUUCAAGUUCAGGACAUUUUCUUCAAGUGCUCUCCUGAUGUACCUUGCCACACGAGACCUGAAAGAUUUCAUGAGUGUAGAACUCACUGAUGGGCAUGUAAAAGUCAGCUAUGAUCUGGGUUCAGGAAUGGCUUCCGUUGUCAGCAAUCAAAACCAUAAUGAUGGGAAAUGGAAAUCCUUCACCCUGUCAAGAAUUCAGAAACAAGCCAACAUAUCAAUUGUAGAUAUAGAUACUAACCAGGAGGAGAACCUAGCAACUUUAUCUUCUGGAAACAACUUUGGUCUUGACUUGAAAGCAGAUGACAAAAUAUAUUUUGGUGGUCUGCCAACACUGAGAAACUUGAGUAUGAAAGCAAGACCAGAAGUAAAUUUGAAGAAAUAUUCGGGCUGCCUCAAAGAUAUUGAAAUUUCAAGAACUCCAUAUAAUAUACUCAGUAGCCCUGACUACGUUGGCGUUACCAAAGGAUGUUCACUGGAGAACGUUUACACAGUCAGCUUCCCAAAGCCUGGUUUCGUAGAGCUGUCCCCUGUACCGAUUGAUGUAGGCACAGAAAUCAACCUGUCCUUCAGCACCAAGAAUGAGUCUGGGAUCAUUCUCUUGGGAAGUGGAGGGACGCCAGUACCACCUCGUAGGAAACGAAGGCAAACUGGACAGGCCUAUUAUGCGAUAUUCCUGAACAAGGGCCGUCUGGAAGUGCAUCUCUCCAUGGGGACAAGAACAAUGAGGAAAAUUGUCGUCAAACCAGAGCCGAGUCUGUUUCACGAUGGGAGAGAACAUUCCGUUCAUGUCGAGAGGACUAAAGGCAUGUUUACUGUUCAAGUCGAUGAAGACAGAAGGCAUAUGCAAAAUCUGACAGUAGAACAGGCAAUUGAAGUUAAGAAGCUUUUCGUUGGGGGUGCUCCACCUGAAUUUCAACCUCCCCCGCUCAGAAAUAUUCCUCCUUUUGAAGGCUGUGUAUGGAACCUUGUUAUAAACUCUGUCCCCAUGGACUUUGCACAGCCUGUCUCCUUCAAAAAUGCAGACAUCGGUCGUUGUGCCCAUCAGAAACCCCGUGAGGAUGAAGGUAGAGAAAUUCCAGCUGAAAUAGUUACCCAGCCAGAGCCAGUGCCCACCCCAGCCUUCCCUACACCCACCCCAGUUGUGGCACAGGGUCCUUGUGCUGCAGAAGCAGAACCAGCUCUUUUGAUAGGGAGCAAGCAGUUUGGGCUUUCGAAAAACAGUCACAUUGCGAUUGCCUUCGAUGACACCAAAGUUAAAAACCGCCUCACAAUCGAGUUUGAAGUGCGAACGGAAGCUGAAUCAGGCCUGCUUUUUUACAUGGCUCGGAUCAAUCAUGCUGAUUUUGCUACCGUUCAGUUGAGAAAUGGAUUGCCCUACUUCAGUUAUGACUUGGGAAGUGGUGACACCAACACCAUGAUCCCCACCAAGAUCAACGAUGGUCAGUGGCACAAGAUUAGGAUUAUGCGAAUUAAGCAAGAAGGAAUUAUUUAUGUAGAUGAUGCUUCCAACAGAACCAUCAGUCCCAAGAAAGCUGAUAUCCUAGAUGUUGUGGGGAUGCUGUAUGUUGGCGGACUGCCCAUCAACUAUACCACCCGAAGAAUUGGUCCAGUGACCUACAGCAUUGAUGGCUGCAUCAGGAAUUUUCAGAUGGCUGAGGCCCCUGUAGAUCUUGAACAACCAACCUCCAGUUUCCACGUUGGAACGUGUUUUACUAAUGCUCAGAAAGGAACAUAUUUUGAUGGAACAGGUUUUGCCAAAGCAGUUGAUGGGUUCAAAGUGGGAUUGGACCUUCUUGUAGAAUUUGAAUUCCGCACAACUAGAACCACUGGAGUUCUUCUAGGAAUCAGCAGCCAGAAAAUGGAUGGAAUGGGUGUCGAAAUGAUUGAUGAAAAGCUUAUGUUUCAUGUGGACAAUGGUGCCGGCCGAUUCACUGCUGUCUAUGAUGCUGGGAUCCCUGGGCAUUUGUGUGAUGGACAAUGGCAUAAAGUCACAGCCAACAAGAUCAAACACCGCAUUGAGCUGACGGUAGAUGGGAACCAGGUGGUAGCCCAGAGCCCCAACCAGGCAUCCACAUCAGCUGAUACAAAUGACCCCGUGUUUGUUGGAGGAUUCCCAGAUGGCCUCAAUCAGUUUGGCCUGACAACCAACAUUAGGUUCCGAGGUUGCAUCCGAUCUCUGAGGCUCACGAAAGGCACAGGCAAGCCGCUGGAGGUCAAUUUUGCCAAGGCCCUGGAACUAUGGGGCGUUCAACCUGUAUCAUGCCCAGCCAACUAAUAGGUUUAACUCCAAGAAAGGCCCUUCAAAAUAAGUAUAUCAAGUAAAAGAAAUAUAUCUUACCUAUAUGUUAUUAAAACUAAUUUGUGCAUGUAUAUUGAAUUAUUUCUGUACUCAGAUGGCGCUGAUUUAGAGCCCAGACCGACUUUAAAUUCAACUUAAGUCCAUGAAUAUUAAACCAGUUAUUUCAUUCUAAA